AAUAUUUAUUGAGUUGCGUUAUGAAUCUCCAUUGAAAGAAAUAAUUUCUAUUAGCAAUACAAAAUAACCAAUUAGAUUUUUCACAUUAAUGAAUUCCAUGUGCCUCCAUGAUGGCGUCCACAUUUUCCCUUAACUCGUGCACACACGAAGUCUCAUGGAUCAGUGGUGACAUCUUAAUGUACCAAUAAAAUUCGGUCGAUCCUACAUGUUUUGAUUUGCUUGUAUUUCUUCACGGUAGGGUUUACUCAAAAUGACUCAUGUAUACUUUUCGACUGUCGUCUUCUAUUGUAUUUUUCAUAAAUAAAUAGAAAUGAUUUCACUAUCAUUUUCUCAGCUACGAUGGGAAAAUACUUAUUUAUCUUUUACAACGAAUCACAUUUUAUAUCAGUCGAUUAUUUUGAUUAGAAAUCAAUUCUAAUUAUUUUAGAUGUGAAAGCUUUGGAAACUGGUACAAGUAGUUGUGCUAAACCUGAAUUGGUUGGCAUUGAAUUUUAUCAACAAUGGAUUAAGAAAAUCAUACUGAUAAAUAUCGCCGAUAUCAACACCAACAAACAGUUGAUAAUCCAAACAUGUCCAAAAUGUCAUGGCAGUGAUGCUGUCUUCUUUCGAGAACAAUCAACUCGAGGCAAAACUGAACCACCACCUACUGACAAUAAUGAAAAUGAAAUAUCAUCAAAUCAUGAUAACAAAACUGAACAACCACCAACUGGAAAGGAUGCUGACGAAAAACCCAUAACAACCGCUAGUCAUUCACGUCGGGUUCAUUUUCCAACAGAUGAUACUCAGUUGCGUUUAAUAUCAUAUCCACCAGAACCAUUAUCGAAUCAACCGCUUGUAUCGCUUGGCGUUAUAUUACAACGUUAUCGUGCGGCAUGUCAACGUUUACAAUUACGUCCAUUAAAUUGUUUACUAGAACAAUUAAGUACAAUGGACGAUGGAAGAAAUUCAUAUUGUGAUCGUCUGGAUUGUUUAAAAGUAGUUAAUGAAAAACUUGAACUUAAACAUAUCGAUACGAUCGAAGAAAUUUUAUCACGCUGCCGGUUUCACACGUUAGAUUUUGAAUCAACAUCUAUUGACGAUGCAACAUUAGAACAGUUGUUUGAUGUUCUUGAAUAUUAUGAAGCAUGUACACAUAUAAAUUUAUCCCAUAAUCGUUCGAUUGGUUUUCAAGGAUAUCAAGCAUUAACAAAAUAUUUAAGAAAAACUAAUUCUCUUGAAAGACUUGAUAUGAAUUCAGCGCGUUUCGAUGAAAAUUCUAUACUAAAUUUUACACGUUCAUUACGUUUAUCAUCAACAUUAUACGAAUUACAUGUUGAAUCGUGUCAAUUAAAUGGAAAACUUCUACAGAAAUUUACACAACAUUUACGUUCAUGUACUUGCUUACGAGAACUCUAUCUUUGUGAUAAUCGUCUUCAAGUUCAAGAUUCGCUACUGAUAAAUGAAUUAAUACGUUUAUGUGGUCGAUUCCUUUUCCUACUCGAUCUACGUUCAAAUUCAUUGCAAGAUACUGGCAUGUCUCAUUUAGCUUCUCAAUUUAGUCAAUAUGAUGAAAACCAUACCGAUGCAAAUCAUUUACAUAAAAUAAGUUUUGAAGGAAAUCAAAUAACUCCACAGGGCGUUGGUUUUCUUGCUAAAUCAUUACUACACAAUCGAACGCUACGUUCAUUAAAUUUAAGUGAUAACAGUGUUACAAAUGAAGGUUUAAUUGGUUUACGUGAUGCAUUAUUAACGAAUCGAACAAUAACGGAAUUAAUAUUAAGAAAUUGCCAUUUAACAGAUCAAGCUGCUAUUGCUUUAGCUGAAUUUAUUGCUGAAUCAACAACAAUACAAUAUAUUGACAUACGAAAUAAUAAUAUACAAGCUAGUGGCAUAUGUGGUAUGUCAAUAGCAAUGAAAAAUAAUAAAUCAUUGCUUCGACUUGACUAUGAUCCCAUUUCGUCAACGCCGACUCAUUUAAGUUUAUUAUCCAAUAAUAUUAAUCGAACAACAAAUUCAAGUAGCGUUCUUUCGAUGACAAGUCUUCGAAGAAUGACAACUGGCUUUGGUAGUUUUACAAGUAGUACACCGUUUAAUGUGAAUCGAGGUGGUGGUGGUACAAGAGAAUUACUUGAACAAAAAGCAAAAUGGAUGAGUGAUAUUGCAACUGUUUGUCAACGAAAUAUGCUUAUAUAUGAAGAGAAAAUACGUUUAGAAGAAGAACAACAACAGCAGCAACAAAAUAGACCGUCAAUCAAUGAAACUGAUGAAAUUCAACAAAAAGAUUCAACUAUUACUAAAUCAGAAGAUAUUCUAUUAGAAGAAGAAACAUCAUCCAUAAUUGAACCAAAAGAUAGUACUGAUUCGGAAGAUUUGACAGCAAUUAACCAGAAUAAUCAUGAAGAAAUCCAGCAAUCAGCAGAUACGAAUGGUAUUGAACAAUUAAACAAUAAAUCAUCGGACGAUAACAAAGAACUUGAAGAUUCAUUAAAUAGUCAAAAUAAUUCAAUGAAUCAUAGUUCCAAUCCUGAACAACCGACAGUCAUUCCAAUUGAAGAUCAUGAUGAAUUUAAACAAAGUGUUGAUAUUUCAGAAGAUGAUGAUACUAAAACUGAGCAAACAAUUGUUAUUCCGACGAUCAAUGAUAAUCAAGAAAUUGAACAAUUGGCCGCAGAUCUAGUCGAAUCUGUUGUAAACGGUGAUAAGCAAGAACAAUCCGAAUCGAAUAUAAUUAAUCAAAGUUCCAUAGACACUGAAUCAUUAUCCAUGCCUGUUGUCAUCGAUGAUAUUUUCAAUGACGAUAAACGAAAACUUCAUCAUUCAGAUAGUCUUCGAAUAAUGCGAAAAAAAGUCAAAAAUGAAAAUGAUGAUACAAGUGAUGAUGAAUCACAAUUAUCAUCGUCGCUGGAAAAAGAAGAACAAAUAGCCGAUGGUAGUUAG